AUGUUUUCCGAUGUUUUCCCUUUUGCUUUUAUGGCUUUGAUUUUCUUUUGCUAAAUAAAAGGAAAAUACUAUCACGGCAAGUUUAAAAGUACAAUAAACAGAAAGACAAUUGUUAACAUGAGAGCUAUACCAACGCGUAGUGAACAUUAAACUGUGCACAUAUAUGUAAUCGUGUAACAUUUUCUACAAUUCUGAUGUGGCCCAAUCAUGUUGAGCCCGUGACUUAUCUAUCAGCUAAUUUCGUUUUGUAAUUUUUUCUAGUUAACUUGUUUCGGUUAUACAUUAAGUUCUGUGUGCAAUAAUGGCGUACCAAACUUUUCUUCAAGAGUAUAUGCUUAUACCCCCGGUGACUAGAGCCUAUACAACCGCUUGCGUUGUCACAAGUCUAGCAGUCCAACUGGACCUAGUCUCUCCAUUUCAACUAUACUUCAACCCUAUACUGAUCCUCAGGAAGUACCAGCUAUGGCGGCUGGUGUCCACAUUCCUCUUUUUUGGGAACUUAAAUUUCAAUUUCUUCUUCAACAUGAUAUUUACAUAUAGAUACUGUAGGAUGCUGGAAGAAGGAUCAUUUAGAGGAAGAACAGCUGAUUUUAUUGUUAUGUUCGUGUUUGGAGGAGUACUGAUGAUUUUGUGUGCCUUUUUCGUUAACCUAUUAUUUUUAGGACAAGCAUUCACCAUCAUGAUUGUGUAUGUGUGGUCUCGUCGGAAUGUAUUUGUUCGGAUGAACUUCUUUGGCCUGAUGAAUUUCCAGGCCCCCUACCUACCGUGGGUCCUACUCGGCUUCUCUGUACUGCUAGGGAACGCGAUAUCGGUAGAUUUGGUCGGCAUGGCAAUUGGCCACAUCUACUUCUUCUUGGAAGAUGUACUGCCAAGGAAGAGGGGCGGACAGAAAAUACUUAAAACACCAAAAUUCUUGAAGAAACUCUUCGACCCAGCCUCGGAAGAUCCGGAUUACGAGCCCCUACCAGAACUGGACAACAUCCGCCCAGGCGGCUUCAACUGGCGGCGGAACCCUGAAGACGAUGCCAAUGCCAAUGCCAACCCCAACCCCAACGCUAACGCCAAUGCCAAUCCAAACCCUAAUGCGGAAGGAGACGCCAGAUAAGAUCUCAAACUGUACAGUGUCAUAGACAGUCAUAUUAAGCGGUAUAUACAGAUCUAGUUAUAAAGCC